AGUUGAACGUGAACGUGAUUGUGGACAACCUUUGGACAUUAAAAAUGUACAAUUGCUUCCUGCUAUACAAUUAAGUAAAAUAAAAUAUACGUCGAAAACGGUGACAAAUAUGAGAGUCGUGUGA